CCUUAUAUGAUUUAAAUAAAAAAGAAAAAAAAUUCUAAAGAACUCUUUAAAUCACGAAUGCUUACAAAAAAUAAAUAAAAAUUAAAUUUCCAAAAAUUCAUUAAAAAUGUUGAAAUCACAACAAAGUGUCUCUGCGUCAAGUGACGUCAAUUUCGUACGCCGAAAACCAUUAAAAGCUCGUCAAUUAUUUAACAAACGUUGUUUUAAGUGUUUGUAAGAGCUGACAGAUUGGCCUUUCGGCCUGCCAUUACGCCAGCAAUAAGAAAAAAUAAGCAAAAAAAAAAAAUAAAUAAAUAAAAAUAAAACUAAAACAAAACACCAAAACAUAUAAUUUACUGUCAACAUGCUGGUUGAAAAUGUGUCACCGACCACAUUGGUUUUAUUCGCUUGGUGGCUGAGCUGCAGCUGCUGUGUCGCGGACAUUGGUCUGCCGCUCAUACAAAUAAGUCAUGACGAUGACUUGGGCGAUGACUAUCCCGAAAUACGUGAAGAAGUGCAUCUAGAGGAUUUCUUUUGGACCGGCUCCGGCGAUGGACCACCGGAUUAUUUGAAAAAAGUGCACACUGGUAUUAGUAAGGGCAAAGAUGUUAUCGUUAAGACAGAAACAGUUGUAGCAACGGUCUAUGUGGAUGGUAAUAACGAAAUCGAUAUACCGAUAUGUUUAGAUUGCCCUCCCGACGAUGGAGGCGGCACUUGGGGUGCAGGUGCUGUACCGCCACUUAAUUACUCUGCAACAGAUCGUAGAUACUGGCUAUUGACGGUAAUGUCUGGUUUCUAUUCACAAAAAGAUAAUCCGGUGUUGGAGGAGAAGUUGGCGCGUUUGUAUCGUUUGGCAUUUACGAGGCAACAAACAAAGCAUUUAGGCAUCAACGGUGCUCAGCAGAUUGCAGGCAUUGCUGUAUCAGCAGGUAGAAACAGAAGACAACAUGAAGUAGGCACACAUGCGCCCGAAACCACAACACCACAAGAUUUUGAUGACGAUGCUGAGAUGCUGGACAUGACUGAUGGUGAGACGCUAAACAACAGGCAACCGAUUCAACCGAAACGAAAAGUUCAUAGCAACACAGAAUGGGAAACUUCAUCAGAGGAAAAUGAGAUGUACUCGCCUUCCAGCAGCACAACCGAAACCAACGAGUUUACUUCGGAAGCAGACAACGGCCUACACGACGACGACGGCGAAAACACAACACAGCUACCACAUUUAACCAUUGUGCCGUGGGAAUUGAUACAGGAGGACGCGAAAACAGAGAAACUUCAGGCUGCGGCAUCACUUUUAGAGUCCCAAGCAUCUCUGGUGCCAUAUCCACCACAAAAUCCCUUGCUACGUAACGCACAAGUACGUGUGAUCAUACAUAACAUCACACAAAUCACGGAGGAGGAGCUGCAGAAGGGUACACAUAGCCUGGGUGAUGAGGAUGUGAAUGAGAAAAUCGAUGAGCGGCCCAUUGCAAAUCAAACCGAGCUCGUCUACUCAGUAUUCGUUAAUGGGCGUCCGGUGCUAGCAGUUACGGCUGCGAACGAUAUGAAAUUGGUGUCGGAAAGUGAGGCGGCUAACGUUAUUGGGCAAGAGGUCUACAUGAAGUCCGAACGUAUGCAAACAUAUUUGCGCGAGCCACAGGCUACACCGCUGGCACCGGCAAUACGUAGCGGUCAAGCAGGUUUCAUAGACUCUAUACAGAAUAACACCGCUUUGGUUGUAGUAAGUUCAAUUGCCAUUCUAUUGGUGUUAUUACUCUUGCUUUCUUUACUGCUGAUGGGACGUUCGCGUGUGAGGGAGAAGCGUAGAUUGGAAGAACAGAGGACAACCAGCCGCAAUGAGCUACUUGCUGAACUACAAUCGGGACGCGGUGCUUCCACAGAAACCGGCUUGGAUACAGGUCGUACAACGACACAUUCACGUGACGUAGGCGUGCAGAACUUCUCGUUCGAACACGAUGGCUCUCAGCGCAUACGUGAGCCGCAUAUCAAUUUUCCGGGUCCGCCAAGGGGCCGAGAAUAUCGACGCGACUCGGUUACCUCUUCAGAUAAUACCUCAGACUCUUCAGUUUAUUGUCCCAUCAAUCCGCCCGGACCAGAUGUCCAACGCAUAUUGGACGAUAAAGCUGCCAAGUUGUUCGAUAAGCAUCGUCGUCGGCAUACCCAACAACACGAGUACGAUCAGGCUGAAGGACGUGAAGCUGCUGUCUACACUACGGUUAUGACGGAGAAGAAGCACGAUAAGAGUCGUCGUAAGAACAAACGACGCUACCUCUCUGAGAAUCGUGUUGGCUCGCUGGAGACUAGUCCACGUACACAUCAUGCCGCGCAAUCCUCAGGCGAUGAGGUAGUGAGUGGCUCACUCGAUGACGAUGCAUUGACUCCGACAUAUGCAAAUUUUGAGCGAAACGAAGCCUUUAACACGCACGUGAAUUAUCAUCGCAAUAAAUUGUUGCACCAAAAGAGCAUGUACGCCGAUAAGGACGAUAGUGAGCAGUUACAGGUCACAGAAGCCAUCAAUAAAGAAGUCAUACGCACACUACAGCCAACUGAGCGAUCUUCCGAUACCGGUAGUAUUGGUUCGUUCCUCUCGAUGGCUUCUGUGAAAGCUUUUCCGAAAAGCUCACUGCCGCAACCCUUAAAUCGGGUCUUAGAUCCGGUGUUUGUUACAUACUACGACAAUGUUGAAGACCAAGCUGCAAAGGCGCCAACACGUCAAGUGCGUAAGCAGCAGAACAGCCGACAAGACACGUUUGAUGCGACGGCUAUAGCGACCAUAGAAAGUUUCCCCACACCAAAGGCGCCAACGCACAGUAAUUUUGCGGCAACACAGAGUGACAACCCAGAUCCGGGUGUUAUUGGUCCUAUUGUCUGGGAACGACACAAGAAACGCAUGAGCGAAGCUGCAGAGGCCGUUGAUGCGGACGACAUGCUGAUGCGGUACGAUGACGACGAAAGAUUUGGUAACAAUCCAGGAGCUAUCAGAACCCAUUAUGAAGACCUACUCGAAAGCGCCAUACACAUGUAUUCCAAUCAAGAUGACAUGCCGAUGCCACUGCCGACGCUGGACUUUAGCAACAAGCGGAAGCCGACAAAACGGGAGAAUCGCGGCUCAUCAGCUGGUGUAUUGAGCUUCGCCGCACGUCUUAACAAUUCUGAUAUCCGUCCAGCCACUGCCCAACCAUUAAAAACUUCGAAAUCCAAUAAUUCCACACAGCCACCAUCGCCAGCCAGCGGUGCUUGGGGUGGCAGUCUUUAUGGUUCCCACUCCCCAUUAAGCCGUCCGAUGAGCGCUGGACCCAUACAGCGCUCGGAAACAUUUCAAGUGGUUGGGCCACCAAGAUCGGCGUCCAAUCGUUCUGGGGUAUCGGCGGAGCCUCUCAUUGAGGCGAUCAAGAGUGAAUUGCGUAGAUUUAAAGAUGACAAACAUUGAAGUGUCUCAAGGUGCUGAGGAAGUUUCACAUGGAACCGAAAAUUUAACGCACAAAAUGUUUGCACAAAAUUCAUUGAAGCUGUCUCGAGACACGGCAUGUAUUUGUAGGGUUAUUUCUAGAAUCUACCAUUGAAAUUUGUGAAGUUUUCCAGUGUAGAAUUAAUUUUACUGCAAAUUAAUAAACAUGAAUGAAUAU